AUGAGGCGACUCCGACUCUCAGUUCUGAUGCAAGGAUCGCGAAUAGCAUUUUUUAAAAGGGAACAGAAGCACGACUCACUGAUAUCCUUUUUGCGCUGCCGAACUCGUUAUCAGUUUGUAGUGACCUCGUUCUCACUGGUUGGGAAACCCCUCUCUUGUAUCGGAAGGAGCAGGAGCACCUCCUCUCUAUCUCAACAUCCGCGGGUCCCUACUAGAGACCUCUUGAAUCCCGAAGGUGAAGCACGCCGGGCUGCCCUUGAAGUAAUCAUGGUGAAAGAAAUGAACGAGAGUCAGCGGCGUUUUGAAUUCGAUGGGCGAACUUUGGUGUAUGUACGCGACAGAUUCCGAGAAUUUCGCGAUGUAAAAACAAAAAGCGACACGAUAAGAAAACCAAUAGCACAAAAAUACUACUCCCCUCCUGUCUGA